AUGAGGCAUUAUUAAUAGUCUAAUAGACAAUUUAGGAAUCAAAUAUAGUAUGUUAAAAAUAGAUUGAAUUCUAAAAAAUGGGUAGAUAAGCUUUUUGACUUUGAGUUCCACAAUAAUAAAGUGAAAAAGGGACAGCUUAUUAAUUCCUAUAUAUUAGAGAAUCUGUAAUAAUUGGAAGUAUAUUUAUGAAAUACUACAUAUAGGAAUAAAUUAAAGCAUAUAAAUUAAGAAUGAAUUACUCAAGGUCACACUUGAUUAAAUAUUCAGAAGGAUAAAAUGGGAUGAUAGUAUUAUUGAAAGUUACCUAUUUAGAUUGUAGAUUAAAAAAAUAUAGAGAAAAUUUUGGAAAGAAUACAAUUCAAGCAAAUAUAAAGUUUUGAGGAUUUUACAUUAAUUCAGGAAUUAGAGAAGAUCAUCAUCAUCAUCUUUUGUAGUAAAGUUAGAUGGUAUUAUUUACAUUGUUGGAUAAAUAAUUGA